AUGGCCGCACUCGCCAGCGCAUCCGCAGUGUCCCUCGGGGCGCUCCCCCGCGCGUCCGCGCUCUCCCGCCAGCAGCGCCGCGCCGUUCCCGCUCGCGGCCGCCGCGUCGUCACCCGCGCCGCCGUUGAGACCGCCGAGAAGGAUCCCCUCGAGGACCUCAAGGUGGGCGCCGCCAAGCUCGUCAUCUCCCUCCUCCCCAACGAGGGCGGACUCCGAUGGGUCGGCGGCCUCCUCCCGUCCAAGUUCAAGUCCACCUUCGACGGCCUCGUCACCUCGUACAAGAAGCAGAUGCUGCUCGCCCUCAAGGGCGACGAGGAGCGCGCCGGACGCGCGCUCACCUCCAUCUUCAAGGACAUGCUCACCGCGUACUCCGGACAGAUCAUCGGCACACCGUUCGAGUUCCCGUCCCAUCACCUCGCCAUCCGAGAACCCUUCGACUACUACCAGAUGGCGAACGCGUACAUCGGCUCGCUCAUCGAGUUCGACCGCUCCAUCCUCCGCUACCCCGAGCGCUGGACGAAGGUACAGGAGCAGCUCGCCGCGGGCGACAACGUCAUCAUGCUCGGCAACCACCAGUCCGAGGGGGACGCCGCGUUCAUCCCGCUGCUCACCGAGGUGUCGCACCCGGGCCUCGGCGAGCAAGUCACCUACGUCGCGGGCGACCGAGUGGUGACCGACCUGCUGUGCAAGCCCUUCUCCAUGGGCAAGAACCUGCUCUGCGUGCACUCCAAGAAACACAUGGACGACGACCCGUCGCUCAAGUCGGCGAAGAUGAAGCAGAACCUCAACACCGUGAAGGAGAUGCAGCGGUUGCUCAAGAAGGGCGGGUUGCUCAUCUGGAUCGCGCCCGCGGGCGGCCGCGACAGGCGCGCGCCGGACGGCACCAUCACCCCCGACAACUGGGACCCGGCCGCGGUGGAGAUGAUGCGCAAGCUCGGAACCAAGAAGGGCGCCGCGAAGACGCACUACUACCCCCUCGCGAUGGCCACCUACGACAUCAUGCCCCCGCCCGCGACCAAGGAGAAGUCCAUCGGCGAGGAACGCGUGGUUAACUUCACCGGCGCCGGUCUCUCCCUCGGCGAGGAGAUCGACGUCGACCCGGCGACGGGCGAGUGGGCGAAGGGCCUCGGCGAGGACGCCGACAAGGCGGAGGCGCUCACCAAGUACGUCCUGGCGAAGGUCGUGGACGAGUACAGGGCCAUCGAGGCGUGUAACGUUCCGGGGGGCGGUCCGGUGGCUUUGCCGGAGGGCGCCGUUCGGCCGACGAGGCCGCCGUCGGUGCCCGUGUUCUGACGAUCGCGCCCGAACGGAACGCUCACGAGCGUGAAGGGUUGGGUGGACGUGUCGAGCCGAUUGUUUUUAGCCGCAGCGAAUGGAGGGAAGGGCGUGUUCUUUUAUGUUUCAAUUAAAAUCGUGCCUUU